AUGCUUUUUCGGCAGCUGCAGUCGAUUUACGAACGGCUACAACAGGCGUUAAAAUUACCAGAACAUUCCCGUUACAAAGCAUUUCAGAUUCAAAUUCUCUAUCGAACGAUAUAUAAAGUAGAGUGGUUAACGAGAAAAGUAAUGGAUAGUAUAAUCAUGAAUGACGCUGAUCUACCGGUUUGCUGAGAUGCUACCGAGUAUUUUUGAUAUUAGACUAACCAGUUACAUUUUCUUAAGACUAUCUUAUAUAUCACAUCUUGGUGUGUUUUCCUUUCCCUUUGUGUCCGCGGCUCAGUCUUCAUGUAUUCUCUUAAAUUGAAUGGAUCCGAAUAUCUAGUAUCUCACGGAUGAAAGGCGAUGAGGCUGCGAUGAGUGGAUUUUUAAUUUUAUUAUGAUGACUAGAUAGUCCAAAGUGUUUUCUACAAUUCUGCGCAAGGCCGACCUGUCUAUCUGUUCUAGUUCUCGAAUGGCAGGCAAUUUCCUGAAUCACCCGAAAUUCGUUACCAUUUGGUCAGAUAAAAUGUCUGCCAUUCGAGAACCACAACAGAUAGAGACGCCGGCGUUGCGCAGAAUUGUAGAGAACACUUUGGGCUAUCUAACCACCGUGUUACGAUCCUUCAAAUUCAAAUUCAAAUUCAAUCGUCCUUUUCGAACUGACAUAGUUUGCUAAAGUGUGAGGAGACAUCCCUUAACUGCAGUGUGAAACCCUUGGCAAAGCUCCUGCACACAGUGGGCAUCGAGGCGGAC